AUGAAGCUCUGUCUGCCUGCCCUGUUUCUGUUGGCUGCGUUGCAUGUGAAUUUUGCUCACUCCCUAGAAUGCCACGUGUGCUGCGGGCCUGAGAGCUGCCGGGCUCCCGUCGAAUGCUCCCCGACAGACAAGUACUGUCUUAUUACCCGGGCAAUCAACUCAAUCAACCCCAACCAUAUCUUGGUGAUGAAGUCCUGCGCCCCUACGUGCCCGAACAGCACCAUUUCAACUGAUGGACAUGCUAUUUCUGUUGCCUGCUGCCAGACAAAUAGAUGCAAUGGGAAGGUGGAGAAAGAUGCUUCUGCUAGCCUAGCCAUCAGCCGAGGGGUUCUGUGGGUGGGUGUCUCCACCAGCCUUCUAUGGGUGCUCCUCCAAGCUGCCUGGUGA